AAGUGUAAGGGACCACCUGGCGGCACCUCUAGCAGCCCACUGAUCAGGUUUCCCCAGAGCGCAGAGUCUAAGUCCCGGAUCACUUGUUCACCAGAGCCCCUGAUGGUGGGGAUGGACUUGGAGUGUACCGAGACCAGGUCGCGACUACCGGGUACACCCAAGAGUGGUAGAGGAGUCCGCCAGAGGCUCCCGCAGGGUGAGAGCCUGAUGUGAGGAGGCCGGGAGAUCCCGGUGGGACGGACGGAUGGAUGAGCAAGUGCACAGUCAGACAAGCCAAGUCGGUAGCCAGGGGGUCGGUGCGGUACAAUGCAGCAGGCAGAGAAUGGUCGGGUCACACGCCAGGUCAGUAACAGGAGGUCAGAUCUAUAGAGGGGCAU